UUGGCUUGACUUUUACUAUUACCUAUUCUAAACAAAUCACUUAUCUAUCUGUUAUAUUUUUUACAUACUUUUUAACAAAAAAUGUCACGAUAGUAUAUGUGUGUACACACAUACUAUCGUGACAUUUUUGUACAUACACACGCACGCACGCACGCACGCACGCACGAUAAGACUUUUCUUCAGUCUUGAGAGCGUUUGAUAAAUGCCAUUUCGGAUACGCAGAAUGUACAAUACAGGCACAUAUGUAUGAAAGUCUAUACGGGAGCCGCGAAGUCACGUCACAUCGUCCCCUCUCGAGACUGUUCCCUCAUCGUAGCUGAUUGAACUAAAAAUAUCACACGAACGAGCUCGUGCAACAUUACGAUGUUGCACACAUACAUGCAUACAUAUAACACAUAGUUUAUACGAAUAUAACGCCCACGCGUGAAACAGAGCCACGAUCUUUCAUUGCUAUUGGUUCCCGUGACUCGAACAGUGCGUGAUGGAAAGAAACUGUUCACUGAAACAGGUGUUAAAAUUGCAGCCAGCACCGAGACGGUACAGCAAUGGGAAUUCUCUGUGAACCAUUAUGCACAGACAAAGGGAUAAAUUCGCUAGCAUGCGAGACGCUGCAUGCCGGCAAAGAAGCUGUUUUCUCCGCGCAUUGGGAAACGACACGACUUAUAUUCAAGGCUUCGAGGACUAAAAUACCCUCGGAACAAUUCGAGUCGCUCUAUUGGAUUGAUGCGACCGGAUUGCGACACUUCCCAUCUGAGGAGGAUUUUAUCAUCAUGAUCAAAGAUUUAGCUAUCAAUAAACUUAACGUGACUCUCACGCAACAUCAGUUACAAAGACUCGCCCGAUUGCGCACCCAUCGAGUCGAGACCGACGCUACGAGACGUCAGUUGGAGAUGGAGAAUCUUUGGCCGUUGCUGCAAGAGAAUGAAUAUUUAAUGGCGAUUUUGUACGAAGACAGGGAUGUGUUUCCGCAACCGAUCGGCACGUGCGGCACGUUCUACGCGGUUGAAUACGUCCGACCGAUCGAAACACCGACGACGGUACUAGCGUUGUCCGAUUCGAAACCAGAGUGGGCCAAAAGGUUAAAACUCGCUGUAAUGAUCCUUAAUCUACUCGAGGAAUUGGAGACGAACUUUCCCGAGCCACUUUAUCUCUGUGAUGUGAAAAUUAAUCAUUUCGGUUUACCCCUAGGCGGGCAAAAACUAAAAUUCUUAGAUCUGGACGCAGUCUUCCCUAAGACUAUUAUUGAUCGCAUUAUCAGUGAUGGUAAGAGUUGCGAAAAGCAUGAGGAUUGUGAUUAUUUUGAUUGCCGGUCUAUCUGUUCAAAGGAGAAACGCUGCCAAUCUCCGGUCCUUAAUAAUAAUUUACAGAUUAUCUGUGAGAAGAUUUUUCUCGGCUGGACACUCUCAGGAACGAUAAUUAUUCCUGGAUUACUUAUGUCGGAGCAUACUACUAGCACAUUGGCAGUGUUAUUGAGACAAUGCGCUAAUCCACACGGUGACACGUUGCAUUUACCACGUGCAACAGCGCCAGACAGCCUACAGAAACGACUUUACAACAUGCUGAACGAAAUGGAACAAGAAUACUCAGCAUUUGUAUGAAAACAAGAAAUGACAUUUUGAUAAAGAAAAUAAUUUAUUUAAAAUUAUGAAAUCAAGUGUUUUGUCUUUUCGAUGAUAACGAUAAAAACUCUAUAAAACAAAAUAGAACAAUUGAAGAGCUAAG